UCAAAAUAAGAAUCCAAGAUAAUUGUUUUUUGCUCAUUGUAUCGCCAGGUGUUGUUCUUAUCGUUGCUGUCUUAUUUCAUUUGAGAGAAGAGUACUUAAGCAACAAAUAGAGUAUUUAAGAUUUGCAGAUCUAAUAAUUAAGAGGUCAUGGUCAUGAGAUUUUUGUGAGAUUAAAAAGAAAAAAAAACAAAGCUCAUUUGUCGUGUUGCUCUUUUGAUACUUUCUUCGGGCUGUGAAGAAGACAAGAGACAGAGAACUUGUCGGGAAGUUCUUUGAGAUUUUCAAAAAUUUAGGACAAGAAGAAGUAAAAGGUUGAAACUUUCUGAGUUCGAGAGAAGAAUGGGUCAUUACGCAGCAGUAUGGGAUCAUAAAGCAGCUAUUGAGAUAUCCAAAGACUGGAACGGCAUUGACCAAGUCUUUCUUCGAAACUCUCGUGGUGCUUCUGCCAAGAUUAGUUUACAUGGAGGACAAGUGGUUUCAUGGAGGAAUGACCAAGGCGAAGAGCUCCUUUUCACUAGCAACAAGGCUAUAUUCAAACACCCAAAAGCAAUGCGUGGAGGGAUUCAGAUUUGUUAUCCUCAGUUUGGAGAUUGUGGAUUACUGGACCAACAUGGGUUUGCAAGGAACAAAAUAUGGGUGAUCGAUGAGAACCCACCUCCUCUUAACUCCAAAGAGUCCUUAGGCAAAUCAUUUGUUGAUCUUCUUCUCAAACCAUCAGAAGAGGACUCAAAGCAAUGGCCUCACAGUUUCGAGCUCCGUCUUAGGGUUUCACUUGCCAUAGAUGGAGACUUAACAUUAACUUCUCGUGUUAGAAACAUCAACAGCAAGCCCUUUAGCUUCUUAUUCGCUUUUCAUACUUACCUCUCUGUCUCUGACAUAAGUGAAGUGAGGGUUGAAGGGUUAGAGACAUUGGACUACUUGGACAACCUUAGGAAAAGAGAGCUUUUGACAGAACAAGGCGAUUCAAUAACCUUUGAAUCUGAGAUGGACCGGACUUACAUUAGAUCUCCCAAAGUGGUAGCAGUUCUUGACCAUGAACGGAAAAGAACAUAUGUUAUUGGAAAGGAAGGACUCCCAGAUACAGUGGUGUGGAAUCCAUGGGAGAAGAAAUCUAAAACCAUGGCUAAUUUUGGGGAUGAUGAGUACAAAAGCAUGCUUUGUGUGGAUGGUGCAGCAGUUGAGAGACCAAUCACUUUGAAGCCAGGAGAAGAAUGGACCGGAAGGCUUAUGUUAACCGCUGUUAAGUCCAGUUUCUGCUUUGAUCAACUUGAACUACAGAGCAAAGGAUUCUGAUUCUUACUUACCCUCUUUUAGAAUCCCAAUCCUUAAAAAAAAUAUUAUGCUUAUUCCAUUGCAGUCUUUUUUUGGUAUUGCUACACUGGAAGAGAGCAGAGACAUCAUUUUGUGUUCAGUUUUUUGCAUGUUAAGCUGUUUGUACUUUCAUUAUUCUCA